AUUUUGUUUUCUUCCGGCUUGUAAGUAGGUGAUGAAAUCAUGUGAAAACGAAGUAAGUUUGUAAUCUGAAUAAUCUGACGUGGCUUUUCUGUGAGGCUGACAGUGCUGUCGGAAACGUUUCUUGUCAUUGCGAGUUUUGGCUAAAGACAGUAGAGCUUCAGGCCGAUUAUUUAAACAGCUACAUCAGGAAAACACAACACCCAGGCACAAAAGGACAGUGCCAGCCAGCCGAGGCGGUGCAACUUCAUUAGGGCUUUUCGCUACGCUCAGAGAUGCGUAACAGACAGCGAGGUGUUAGUCUUGGACUUCUGUUGCUGGCUUCUCAGGUGUUCCAGCUGGGCAUAGACAACAUUCCCCCUGUCACAUUAGCAACACUGGGCCUCAAUGUCUACCUCUUUCUUUUUCCCGUUAAGCCCCUCCUUCAGACAUGUGUGAGCGUGCAGCAGGCUUAUUGGAGUGGAGACUGGUAUCGUCUCCUUUUGUCCCCAUUCCAUCAUGUUGAUGACUGGCAUCUCUAUUUCAACAUGGUGUCCUUGCUGUGGAAAGGAAUUAAACUGGAGACCAGGUUGGGCGGAGCCUGGUUUGCUUACUUGCUGUCUGUCUUCUCUCUGCUCACUGGAUUGGUCUACUUGCUCCUGGAGGCAGGACUCGCACAGCUAACCGAGGAUCCGUCCUAUACCAUGCAGUGUGCUGUGGGUUUUUCAGGUGUACUGUUUGGGUUAAAAGUGGUGAAUAAUCAUUAUAAUCCGGGUGGAAUGAAAUACAUCAUGGGAGUGCCUGUGGCCAAUCGCUAUACCUGCUGGGUGGAGCUUAUCCUCAUUCACAUUAUGAACCCAGGGACCUCAUUUGUGGGCCACCUGGCUGGUAUCCUGGUUGGGCUUCUCUACACUACUGGGCCACUCAAGACACUCAUGAAGACGUUUGCAGGUUUUGUAAGCUCUAAUGGAAACUAUGGCGGGCCUUACACAUACUAUAAUUCUUCAGGUUACAGUGGAUAUGGAAUGCCAGACCCUCCACACAGUUCGUCAUAUUAUGGACAGGGCCCAUAUGGCUCCUACAACUCUAACACCUCCUACAGCGAGCAGUAUAACACAAAUGGGCCGUCUGCACCACCUCAGCAUCCAUACUCAGCUGGGCUAUCAGAAGAAGAGCAGUAUGAGGCAGCCAUUAGGGCCAGCCUUCGUGACCAAGGGGGCUCCACUCAAACCAGACCAUCAUAUGGAUUUAAUGUCAACUCUGACCCACCCAUUGAAGAAAUGCGCCGACGCCGACUUCAGAGGUUUGACAGUUGAAGUCUUAAAAUAUGAAGAGAAUGAUAUUGAAAUGUUUACAAGUUACAAAGGAGCGCUUGAAACAACCAAUCCAAAGGAUAAAAGGAUGAUUCUGUGGCUCAAGGUGGCAGAAGAAUUCAUCAACACUGUGAUGUCAUCACUGGCCGCUCUUCACGAAAAACUCUUCACAGUAUCCAUCUACCAUUUGCUAGACCACUUAUCAACAACAUUGCAUUUGUAUGUAUGUAUGUAGUGGUAUUUACAGCUAACUAGUCAUAUAGUCAUAAGUAACAUCAUUAUGGCAGGUUAAAUUACUCUGAACAAGCUUUCCUGGAAUGUAGACUUCCUUUCCUGGAAUACUAUUUAAAAUGCCUUAGGCUAACUUGUCCUGUCACUGGGAAUUCUACUUUUAAGAUCUUUUGUAUGCAGGAAACGUAUUCAGUGUCUCUAAUGCUGUGCACUUCGCUGAUUUGUGGAUUUAAGAUUUAAGUUUUUGUAUAUUGGGGUGUCAAAUGAAUGUAAACGAAUGUAAUGAACUUAUGCUUACUUAACCAUUUUAAGUGAAGCUAUUCUGGUAAUGCCAUGAUGUGCAUAUUUUUAAACUUAAUACUUUUACUAUGCAGUUUUUGGGGUCUUAAACAGUUUGCACUGAGAGAUGCAGGGGUCAAUGUGACUUUGCUUAGCAUUUCACAAACAGCAUCGCUCUUAAGUUAUUUUUGGUAUUAUGAAAGUUUAUUUUUGUAAACAGAAAAUAAAUCAUACAUUCUGUA